CACGCUCUCCGCUGCUUGCCUGCGCAUUCCCCAUCAGCGGCUAAUCGUGGAGGGAAACGGAGUCUCUUCGCGUUCAAACACGCCGUUUUCAGUGUUUGCGGUUUAGUUUAUCCAACAUGAGCGUUUUAAAUCGCGGUGUGGAAGAAACGGACAGCUGAUUUGCGGAGGAAUCCGUGUUUUACUUGAAUAAAACACGCCGGUGGCAUAGAAAGUACGAAGGCGACGCGACCGUUGUUGCAACUUUGUUGCAGUCAGUACGCGUGUUUAAGUGACGAUCGCGUGUUUUACAGAAAACGUGUUUUACAGACUUUUGCGUUCGGGUUGUUUGAUGAUUUUGGAAUGCACAGACAAAUUCAUAAUUACGCGCGUUUGAAUUUCGGACGUUACAAGUUAUUUUAUUUGUGUUAGUAAGUUUCUCAGGACGGGCUGCAGCGGAGCGGACAGCGUUUCGCAUCUGGAGUUGAGUUUGUGAAGUUUUUUUUGCAGGGAUACUGAUGAAACUGGUGUGCCUUUGCGCGAUCGCGUGUUUAAAGUCAUGGACAACUUGGAUUUCAUUUCAUGUGCAAAGGAUUACUUCUGAAACGGCAAGAAGCUUCAAGAUCUUGUGUUUACAUCUCGUUGACUGAGUGGACUGCGCCGUUUGCACUUCAGAGUUCACUCGGCUGGUAACACAAACUGUACUUUUGAUAACCGUUGCCAUAAAGUAAACAUGCCGCAGCUUAACGGAGGUGGAGGAGAUGAGUUGGGGGCGAACGAUGAAAUGAUCCCAUUCAAGGAUGAGGGCGAACAAGAAGAGAAAAUCUCCGAAAACGUGUCGGCGGAAAGAGAUCUGGACGAUGUGAAGUCCUCGUUAGUGAACGAGUCGGAAAAUAACAGCAGUUCGUCCGAUUCGGAGCAAACCGAGAGGCGUCCUCAACCGAGAGCUGAUGAUGACAGUUAUGAGAAAGCCCGAGAGUAUUUUAGUGAAGCUUUGAGAAGACAUCAAGAUGGAGGAUUUUUUAAGAGCCCCCAUUAUUCAGGCUACCCGUUUCUAAUGAUUCCAGAUCUGUCCAAUCCUUACUUGUCCAACGGUGCUCUGUCUCCCAGCGCGAGAACGUAUCUGCAGAUGAAAUGGCCUCUACUGGACGUUCCAGGCACAGCAGCUCUCAAAGACUCACGAUCCCCGACUCCAGGACAUUUAUCUAAUAAGGUCCCAGUGGUCCAGCAUGCUCACAUGCACCCCCUGACCCCCCUCAUCACCUACAGCAAUGAACACUUCUCUCCAGGGACUCCUCCAUCCCACCUCUCCCCAGAGAUACUGGAUCCAAAGACAGGUAUUCCACGGACCCCACACCCAUCAGAGCUGUCCCCCUACUACCCUCUUUCACCAGGUGCCAUGGGGCAGAUCCCUCACCCUCUGGGGUGGCUUGUUCCACAACAGGGCCAACACAUGUACCCCAUCACUGCUGGUGGUUUCCGUCACCCUUACCCAGCUCUUGCCAUGAAUGCAUCCAUGUCCAGUUUGGUGUCGAGUCGCUUUUCCCCUCAUAUGGUUCCUCAUCAUCCUCACAGUCUUCAUCAGACAGGAAUUCCUCACCCAGCCAUCGUCUCUCCAGCUAUUAAACAAGAACCUAAUGGAGAACUCAGUCCAGCAGCUCACACGAAGUCUCCAUGCCAGACUAAGAAGGAAGAGGAGAAGAAGCCUCACAUAAAGAAGCCUCUGAAUGCAUUCAUGCUCUAUAUGAAAGAGAUGAGGGCUAAGGUUGUGGCCGAAUGCACGCUGAAAGAAAGUGCCGCCAUCAACCAGAUCUUGGGCCGCAGGUGGCAUUCUCUAUCUCGAGAUGAACAGGCCAAAUACUAUGAUCUGGCCAGGAAAGAGAGGCAGCUGCACUCUCAACUCUACCCUGGCUGGUCUGCCCGAGAUAACUACGGCAAGCGGAAGAAGAGGAAGAGAGAUAAUAAGACAGACUCAACUCCAGAGGAUUUCUCCCCACGGAAUAAGAAGCCGUGUGUACAGUACCUCCCUCAGGAGCAAAUGAUUGACAGCCCGGCCUCCUCCCACGGCAGCAUGCUGGACUCUCCAGCCACGCCCUCUGCGGCCCUGGCCUCGCCCGCUGCUCCUGCUCCCACUCAUUCGGAGCAGGCUCAGCCGCUGUCACUCACUACCAAACCUGACCGCCACCACCACCCUCAUUAUUCUCUUCUCUCCAAACCCUCUUCUUUAUCCUCAUCUACAUCAUCAGCAUCCUCCUCCUCCCAGCCUAGCAUCUCUCGACCUAUUAGCUCCUCGGGCCGUCAGUCAACUCCACCCCUUCUUUCUCGGCCAUUCCCCUUCGCUUCCUUGCAUGCUUCGCUGUUGUCCCCACCCUCCCCGUUCCAUCAUGCCGCCCUACAGUCCCAUCACGCAUUGUUCCAGUCUCAGCCGCUCUCUUUGGUAACCAAAUCGGCUGACUGACUCUUCUGAAGCAAUUCUCUCUUAAUCUCUUUUUAAAAAAUGCUGUAUAUUGCUUUUUACCUUUUGGAGAAAUAGAUGUCAGGUUAACGUUUUUGAUAAGUGAAAAGGAAAUAAAUAUUAUUGGUCAAUAUUUGAUCAUGUGCUUUUCUGUGUCUGUAUAAAACAAUGUAUUUUUUGUAAUGUCUACUUUGGAACUGGUUUCUUAUUUGAUGCAUUUAUUCAGUAAACUUGUGUAAAGAAUACAUGUAUUAAAAACUACUUUUAAAAGACGAGAAGGAACAAAAAACUUUACGCUUGCCUGUAUUAAUGGUAGUUUUGGAGUUUAAUUCCUAGUACUGGCAAUUUAUUAGACCUCUUUGCAAUGAUCCCACCCAUCCAUCCCCUCUACCCCAGUUUUGUAGUGUGUGAACUUGAUAAAUAAAACUUGUAAAUUGUUUCUAAAAAAGGAUGGCAUUGUCUUUCUGGUGUCACAUUUAUUAAUUAAACAGUUAUGUGGCAUGGAUGAUCAAAACUAUGCAUUAUCACAGAAUUUGUCUUGCUGAGAAAGUUCCAGGAUUGCCAGAAUUAGGGCCUGAAAAAGUCUUGGAAAUUUCUUGUCAAUAGAAAUAUUUCAAAGUGAAUUCUAAAAUAUUUAAUCAGCUAAAAAUUGGUCUUUGUGAGUGCAAUAAUAAUUAUUAUUACUUACAGUAUUCACAAACAACUGGAAAAGUCAUUAAAAAGUGGAAUGGAAAUUUGUGUAUUUUUAUAUUCUUACAUAUGAAAUGAAAUAAUUACAAUAUUAUAAUAAGUUACAAUAUUACAAUAUCAUUGCAAUAAGUUAUUACAAAAUCAUUACAAUAUGAGCCCUGUAUAUUCUUGUGUUAAAAGCAUAGAAAC